UACAUUAUUAUAUCAACCAAUGAACUAGUCAUAAGAUCUCUUUCUCUUUCAUUCUUAAAGACUCUCCUCAAGAUUUUCCCCUAACUGUCAGAUUAACUUUUAUAGGGUUUAUCUUUUCAGGCAAAAACAAAUUAUGUACCCUCGUUCCUCCUCCAAGUCCACCACUCCAGACGGCGGCGACGCCGAAAACAAUCCAUAUGAUGAAACUUCAGGUGGUUUCUCCUCCCUCGGUUCUCAAACUCACCAUAAUGUUUCACCUCCGCCGCGGCAGCAGCACAAUCCCAACGUCGUCGGGUUCGGUCAUCACUUCUCAGGCGAACCAUCUACCAUCGGACAUUCCGGCGCUUCUUCCUCUCCUUUGUUCCGACACAGAAGCUCUCCGGCUGGAUUCUAUGACCAACUUCUUCCCACUGAACCCAACGAGGGAACAGGUUUUUCCCUAGGGCAGCCAAACGGAGGAUACGGCGGAGGAAGAGGAGAAGAGCGAGGGCCAUCUAGGUUGAAGUCGGAGCAGAGAUUCUCAGGCAGGAGUAGUAGUAAUUAUCAAGAACAUAACUCUCUACCGAGAAUCUCGGAGGUACAAGCGGCUGCGGCGGCUAUAAACAGUGCCGCAUCGACGAGUAUGAGUUUUGGAAAUGAUGGUAACAAUUGGGACAGGUCGUCUUCUCAAAUCAGUUUCACCAUUGAUGAACGGUCCAAGACCACCGACUUUUUCACCUUAGAAACUCAGUUUAGCAUGCCACAAACGUCUCUGGAAAUGGCGAGAAUGGAGAGUUUGAUGAAAAUCCCAGAGGGUUCGGUGCCCUGUAGGGUUAGGGCCAAGCGUGGAUGUGCGACUCACCCGCGUAGUAUAGCUGAAAGGGAUAGAAGAACGAGAAUAAGCGGGAAGCUGAAGAAGCUACAAGAACUGGUGCCUAAUAUAGACAAUCAAACGAGCUAUGCAGAAAUGUUGGAUUUGGCUGCUGAGCAUAUCAAAGGUCUUCAACACCAAGUAGAGUCACUAGAAAGGGGGAUGGAGGGCUGCACUUGUGGGGCGUGCAAGAAGCGAUGAUGAAAGAGUGAUAUGUUUCUAAAGAUGAUCGAAGAAAGUAUAGAAGAAAAAGAGACGGAAGGAAUCAAUUCAAAGACAACGAACACAAUAAAAAAGAUUUUGAUUAUAUAACUUAAGCAUACUCAUUAUAAAUUCAUAACCGGUUGCAAGUUGAGUGCUUAUCUCU